AUACUUGGCAGAUCAGAAACACAAGAGUGCAUCUACUACAACGCUAAUUGGGAAAAGGAUAAAACAAACCGCAGUGGCAUCGAGCCUUGCUAUGGUGAUAAAGAUAAAAGACGACACUGCUUUGCUACGUGGAAGAAUAUUUCCGGAUCCAUCGAAAUUGUGAAACAAGGUUGCUGGCUGGAUGAUAUCAACUGUUAUGACAGGAAUGAUUGCAUAGAGAAGAAGGACAGCCCUGAAGUGUUUUUCUGCUGUUGUGAAGGCAACAUGUGUAACGAGCGUUUCUUCUAUUUCCCAGAAAUGGAGGUCACCCAACCAACUUCCAAUCCUGUUACACCUAAGCCACCUCUGUUCAAUACCUUGCUUUAUUCCCUGGUGCCUAUAAUGGGAAUUGCCGUGAUAGUCCUCUUUUCCUUCUGGAUGUACAGACAUCACAAACUGGCGUAUCCGCCAGUGCUCGUUCCAACCCAAGACCCCGGGCCGCCGCCGCCAUCGCCGCUCAUGGGGCUGAAGCCUCUGCAGCUGCUGGAGAUCAAGGCCAGGGGCAGGGUUGGGGGGAAGGCGCAGCUGCUCAACGAGUACGUGGCCGUCAAGAUAUUCCCCAUCCAGGACAAACAGUCAUGGCAGAAUGAAUAUGAAAUUUACAGUCUACCCGGGAUGAAGCAUGACAAUAUUUUACAGUUCAUCGGUGCAGAGAAACGAGGCACCAGCAUCGAUGUGGAUCUCUGGUUGAUUACAGCCUUUCAUGAAAAGGGUUCCCUAACAGACUUCCUCAAGGCAAACGUGGUUUCCUGGAAUGAGCUGUGUCACAUUGCUCAGACUAUGGCCAGGGGCCUGGCUUAUCUUCAUGAGGAUAUUCCGGGCCUGAAAGAUGGACACAAACCUGCCAUCUCGCACAGGGACAUCAAAAGCAAGAAUGUGCUGCUGAAAAAUAAUCUUACAGCUUGUAUUGCUGAUUUUGGUCUAGCUUUAAAGUUUGAGGCUGGAAAGUCUGCAGGGGAUACGCACGGACAGGUGGGCACGCGCCGGUACAUGGCUCCGGAGGUGCUGGAAGGCGCCAUCAACUUCCAGCGGGACGCGUUCCUGCGCAUCGACAUGUACGCCAUGGGGCUGGUGCUGUGGGAGCUGGCGUCGCGCUGCACGGCCGCCGACGGCCCCGUGGAUGAGUACAUGCUGCCAUUCGAAGAAGAAAUUGGCCAACAUCCCUCCCUCGAAGACAUGCAGGAGGUUGUAGUUCAUAAAAAGAAGAGACCCGUUUUGAGAGAGUGUUGGCAAAAGCAUUCUGGCAUGGCCAUGCUCUGCGAGACCAUCGAGGAGUGCUGGGAUCACGACGCCGAGGCCCGGCUGUCCGCGGGCUGCGUGGAGGAGCGCAUUAUCCAGAUGCAAAAACUCACUAACAUUAUAACCACAGAGGACAUCGUGACUGUGGUCACAAUGGUGACAAACGUUGACUUUCCUCCCAAAGAAUCCAGUCUAUGAUAGUUGCACUGGUCACGGACUCGUAACUGGAGCUGCUAAAACGAACGGGACGGCU